AUGUAUUUUGAUGUGUGUAAGCUGUUACGUAUUAACCUUGCGCCAGGUUUCCUUUUUCGCUCUAUUUCAAAAUCUGGCGGAGUUUGUUUCAGCCAUUUGGAGUCUUCGGCGGCUCAAGCGCGAUUUAGUUUUUAUGUUUCCGCGCUAGUUGGGAAGUUAUCUAGUAGUCAUUUAACAGUUCAUGGGUUUCGCAGUGGGGCGGCUGUAUCUUUAGCAUUGCGAAGCGUAAGUCUCAGUGAAAUCAUGGACCACAUUGGCUGGAAAUCUAGUAAGACGGCGCUUCACUAUAUCAAACUUAAGCAAGUAGUGAAUCCAGCAGGCGCGGCGGCUAAACUAGCGGAUCUCCCUCUACAAGCGGGGCAGGACUACAAACAUCAGGAUCAUCUUGUGGGAUUCUCCCAAGCUUUUUCAUGA